AUGGCUGACCUCCACUUAAAUUGUGGAGGACCUAAAGAGUCAGCCAAUGAGAGGGAAGUGGGUAUAUUACGGUCACCUAAGGGUCACAGACCCGUCAAGGGUCACAGACCCGUCAAGGGUCACAGACCCGUCAAGGGUCACAGACCCGUCAAGGGUCACAGACCCGUCAAGGGUCACAGACCCGUCAAGGGUCACAGACCCGUCAAGGGUCACAGACCCGUCAAGGGUCACAGACCCGUCAAGGGUCACAGACCCGUCAAGGGUCACAAACCCGUCAAGGGUCACAGACCCGUCAAGGGUCACAGACCCGUCAAGGGUCACAGACCCGGAGUUCUCAUAAUAAAAAUAUUUACUUACGUAAUAGUUGUUUAA